AUGGGAAAUUGUUGUGCAGUGCCGUCUACUACUGAUUCUGUGAACGAGGGGAACCAUAAGGCAAACCCAUUUUACGCUGAAAAUGGUGCAAAUCAUACUGGGAAUGAUGGAUACAAGUCUUACGUAUUGGACAACCCAACAGGUCGUGAAAUUGAGCAGAGAUAUGAACUGGGUCGAGAGCUUGGUCGCGGUGAAUUCGGGGUUACUUAUCUGUGUACUGAUAAGUCUUCAGGGGAAGUGUUUGCUUGUAAAUCCAUAUCCAAGAAGAAACUAAGGACUAGGGUGGAUAUUGAGGAUGUGAGAAGAGAAGUUGAAAUCAUGAAGCAUUUGCCUAAACAUCCCAAUAUUGUGAGCUUGACGGACACUUAUGAGGAUGACAAUGGAGUCCACUUGGUGAUGGAGUUGUGUGAGGGUGGUGAAUUGUUUGAUCGGAUUAUUGCCAGAGGGCAUUACACUGAAAGGGCGGCUGCGUUUGUGACUCGUACAAUUGUUGAAGUUAUACAGAUUUGCCAUAAUCAUGGAGUUAUGCAUCGGGAUCUCAAACCUGAGAACUUUUUGUUUGAAAACAAGAAGGAAACAGCACCAUUGAAGGCGAUUGAUUUUGGGUUGUCAGUGUUCUUUAAACCUGGGGAGAGAUUUAAUGAGAUUGUAGGAAGUCCCUACUACAUGGCCCCUGAGGUGCUCAAACGAAACUAUGGUCCAGAAGUAGAUGUUUGGAGUGCUGGAGUAAUACUCUACAUCCUACUUUGUGGUGUCCCACCUUUUUGGGCAGAAACGGAACAAGGAGUUGCACAAGCAAUCAUUCGUUCUGUUGUAGAUCUUAAAAGGGACCCAUGGCCUAUGGUUUCCGACAAUGCAAAGGACCUUGUGAGGAAGAUGCUCAACCCUGACCCAAAGCAGCGGCUUACAGCUCAGGAAGUGCUAGAUCACCCAUGGUUGCAAAAUGCAAAUAAGGCUCCAAAUGUUUCAUUAGGUGAAACUGUGCGAGCAAGGUUGAAGCAAUUUUCUGUGAUGAAUAAGCUCAAGAAAAGAGCUCUACAGAUAGUUGCUGAGCAUCUAUCAGUGGAAGAAGUGGCAGGCAUAAAGGAGGGAUUCAGAGUGAUGGAUAUCAACAACAAAGGAAAGAUCAACAUUGAUGAGAUGAGAGCUGGGCUGCAGAAACUUGGACAACAGAUCCCUGACAGUGAUCUUCAAAUGCUUAUGGAUGCUGGUGAUGUAGAUAAGGAUGGACACCUGGACUAUGGAGAGUUUGUAGCAAUAUCUGUUCACCUAAGAAAGAUGGGCAAUGAUGACCACCUCCACAAAGCCUUUGAAUUUUUUGACCGAAAUCAAAGUGGGUAUAUAGAGAUUGAGGAGCUAAGUGAUGCCUUAGCUGAUGAAGUUGAAACGAACAAUGAAGCAGUCACUAAUGCCAUUAUGCAAGAUGUGGACACGGACAAGGAUGGAAGAAUAAGUUAUGAAGAGUUUGCGGCAAUGAUGAAAGCUGGUACAGAUUGGAGAAAAGCCUCAAGACAGUAUUCACGAGAGCGGUAUAAUAAUCUCAGCUUGAAGUUAAUGAGGGACGGAUCAUUAAACAGCGAGGGCAGAUAGUUCAUGGCUAGACAAUUUACUUGGCGCCGCCCAAAAUGACAUUCAAACAAGAGAUGUCAUACGCAAAAUUCUUUUUUCCUCCUUUAUUGGGUUCUUUUCUUUUCAAAAUUUCCUUUUCGAACUUUUUUUUCUCGUACAAUCGAAGAUUAGGGGCCGGCUGAUUCUCUCUGAAUCAAAAUGUGUUUGUUUUUCUUUGUUUGUUUGGAGAGUUGCAAACAGUGUGGUGAAGGUGAAAGGUGUUUAUUUGUGGCUGUGAAUAUUAUGUUUUUGGCAUAUACUUCAAUUAAAGAAUGAAAUGAUG